ACUCCUGACUAAUUCACCACAGCAGAAGUUACAAAGCGACGCAUCCCGGAGCAUCUGAAAAUGCUGGACCUGAUCUACCUUUUCUUCGCCCUUGCUUGCCUCUAUUGUAUCUACGAUUGCAUCAAACCGAGAAAUUAUCCACCUGGUCCAGCAUGGCUACCAUUUUUCGGAUGUAUCCUGAAAUUUGGAUGGCUACGUUCAAAACAUGGAUAUAUUUAUACGGCUCUGCAAGAACUAUCGCGCACGUAUGGGCCGAUAUUAGGAUUAAAGCUUGGAAAUCAAAACGUGGUAGUAAUUUCAACGUACGACCUCGUCAAGAAGGGUCUUCUCCAAGAGGAAUUCAACAGCCGGCCGGACGGAUUUUUCUUCAGGGUACGAGCCUUCGGGAAACGAAAGGGCGUUCUAUUCAUCGAGGGUCCGAUGUGGACGCAGUGCCGUAGAUUCACGAUGCGGCAUCUCCGUACGUUCGGUAUAGGUCAGUCGACUAUGAGAGAACGAUUGACCCUUGAGGCUCAGAAUCUCAUUAGUCACUUAGAACGGACGAGCGAGCACGGCCCGGUGCUGAUGCACACGGUGUUCGAUGUCGCGGUGCUCAAUUCCCUGUGGUUCAUGAUCGCCGGACACAGAUUUCUGUACGAGGACCCAAAGCUGCAAGAAGCGCUCGUGUUAGUUCACGACGCCUUCAGACUGACGGAUACGCUGGGUGGUGUGAUCUCGCAAAUGCCUUUUCUACGUUUCGUAAUUCCGGAGUUGUCGGGAUACAACGAGUUAAUGAGGAUUCUUGAAAACCUGUGGAGGUUCCUCGACGAGGAGAUCGAGAUGCACGAGAAGGACCAGUCCAACGAUCAACCGCGCGACCUGAUCGACGCCUUUCUUUCGGAGAUUUAUAAAAACAACGAGAACGAAGAUACGAUUUUUGAUCGUGAGAAUUUAUUGGUGCUGUGUCUCGAUCUCUUCUUGGCCGGGUCGAAGACGACCAGCGAUACCUUAGCGACUACAUUUCUCUUCCUGUCGCUGCAUCCUGAGUGGUUAAAGAUACUUCAAGCCGAGUUGGACGAUGUCGUUGGUAGAUCACGACCUCCAACCGAGGAUGAUUUAUCAUCCUUGCCAAUGACGGAAGCUUUCUUAGCCGAGGUACAAAGAUAUUUAAUUUUGGCUCCCCUUGGUGUACCUCAUCGGACCGAGAAGAAUGUUUCUUUCAAUGGAUAUCAAAUACCCAAGGACACGAUUAUUCUCUUCGACUACCACAGCGUUCACAAUGACAAAACGUAUUGGGAUCAACCGGAGGAGUUCCGACCGCAACGAUUUCUAGACGAGCAGGGUCGAUUCUCUCAGAGCAAUUACAGCCUGCCUUUCGGUUUAGGCAAGAGACGAUGUCUGGGCGAGCAGCUGGCGCGCUCCUCGUUGUUCCUGUUCCUCGCCUACAUCGUGCAUUAUUUCGACCUGGAGACCUCGACCGAGCACGCCAGGCCGGAUCUGAACGGCUACGACGGCUUCACCAUAUCGCCGAAGCCGUACUAUCUCAAACUCACGAGGAGAAGAUCCGAUCACCCAGGGACGAUCGCCACGUGGUGAUCGUGCGCGAGCACACGACGGUACAUUUGGACUUCUGCGAAGGGGCGCGAUUUCGUCGAACUCGUAAAACGACGCGUAAAAGCAAGACUUUCACAGGCGUAAAACCAAUAAACGCCAUUCGCAAACGUCGGGCCGUGCCGUGCCGUCGUCAUAAAGGGGAUCGGUUUAACGGAAACGAAUCUUUUUGUCAAACGGUUCGCACCGCGCGUAACGCGUAACACAUAGUAACCCGUAUAAUGCAUAACGAGUUACACACAAUAAAGAAGCAUGUCGAUUACAAACGACUAAACAGUUUGUUCUAGACAAUUGCAUCUCCAUUCACAUUCAGGCAGAUAUAA